AGUCUUACGUUGCCCGUUACCAUCGUCAUCGUCCGCCGUCGCGAGAACCAGAAGUCGAAGAAAAGUGCGUGUCGUUAAGAGUGCCAAUUGAUCAGUUGUGGUGUCUGUUCCUUCCUUUGUUGAAAUACAGCUCAUUUCUACAAGUGGAUCAUUGCAGAACUGGAAUAUUCGAUUCAAACGAUUAGCAGCGGGGAAGCGGAAAGGAAAUGACCAGCGUCUGGAUUACCUACUUUGGAUUACAGUGAAAUAAAAAUUUUAAAUGACCAGUGGACAGAAUGACUAAACGAAGGUUUUUCAGUCCGCCACUUGUUGUCCUUGCUGUCUGCUGGGCAUCGUCUAGCUCGAGCGCGUACAGGAAUGUUCAGCCGGAAGCCACAACCUUUCUUCGCGACAGCGUUGAAUCAAUCCCUCCGCAUGUGUAUGAAAAAACCGCAGCCUACACGGUGGAUGAUGUCUUUGGAACAAAAUCUCUCCCACUACGAAAUGCUGUAGAGAGUGCACCAGUCAAUCUGGUCGAUGAACGUCUGCCUCUGCGAGAUGCAGUUGAGUUCCGUAUCGUAGACAUGGAUAAUGCAAUCGAAGAUGUAGUCAGUGAAGUAAAAUCAGUCAUCACCUCGGAACAGCAACGAGUUGAAUCAGCAGAAACCAUCGACUAUCGGGCUCCGCAAAGUCCCAUAUUCCAGAAUAAAUAUGCUGCCUAUUCAUUUCCCAUGCAAUAUGAUACGAAAAAUCCACAACCGUUCAGAUACGGAUCUCCAUAUCAGCAACUGGUAGAUAUCAACACAUUGAAACAACUUCCCACGCUUGAAUACAAUCAGUACAAUCAAUACGAAAAAUUACAAAAAGUUGAAAGCCUGAAGCAAAGCUCAGGUGACUACAAAGUUAUCUGCCAUAUCACCAACUGGGCUUUCUAUCGAAAGAACGAUGCACAGUUUGUUCCUGAGCAUAUCGAUAACAAGCUAUGCACGCAUAUUAUCUACUCAUUUGCCACCCUGGAUCCAUUGAGCUUGAUGAUGAAGGAGUUUGACUCGUGGGCAGAUAUCGAAAACAAUCUAUAUGCAAGAACCAUAAGUUCCAGUGGGUCCGUUCCAGUCCUGCUGGGAAUCGGUGGAUGGACUGAUUCGGUUGGGAAUAAGUAUUCUUCGAUGGUUGGUUCGCCCACAAACCGUAGAAACUUCAUAAGCAAUGCCAUAGUUUUCCUCAAGACGCAUGGAUUCUCUGGUUUGCAUUUUGAUUGGAACUAUCCGGUGUGCUGGCAGAGCGAUUGCUCCAAAGGAUCUUCCAGUGAUAGACCAAAUUUAUCUAAACUCAUGAUGGAAAUGCAGCGGGAGUUUUCCAGAGAAAACCUUUUAGUCACUAUGAGUAUUUCGGGAUACAAAGAAGUAAUCACAGAGGCCUACGAACUAGCUCAACUAUCCAACGUGGUUGAUUUCAUGACUGUAAUGACAUACGAUUAUCACGGCUCAUGGGAAACGCAAACGGGACACGUGAGUCCUUUGUAUGGCAAUGCAGGCGAUAAGUACCCACAGUAUAAUGUCGACUAUACUAUGCAAUUGCUUACGAAAAUGGGUGCUCGUAGGGAAAAACUAAUAAUGGGAGUUCCUAUGUACGGUCAAACUUUUAUGUUGACCCGUAGUAGAGACAAGAGUGAAAUACCUGGUAUUGGAACGCAAGCAUCCGGCCCAGGUAAUGCAGGAGAAGAUACCAGACAGCCAGGAAUGUUGGCAUAUUAUGAAGUUUGUCACCGAGUUCGCAAGCAAAAGUGGUCGGUUGGACGUGAUUCUUCUAUGUCUGGACCAUAUGCAACCUGGAAGGAUCAAUGGGUAGGAUAUGAUGACCCAGUUUCGGCGACGGCAAAGGCUAGAUAUGUCAUGAAAUCUGGUUACGGUGGAAUAGCUGCAUGGACAAUCGAUCUAGACGACUUCCAGAACAAGUGUUGUGAAGAAAGAUAUCCUGUACUGAGCGCCAUUAAUCGAGCACUCGGUCGGUUGAAGACCCCUCAGCCAACAGUAAUUGACUGCUCUCGUCCAGUGCAACCAGUAACUCCACCUCCUGCUGAAAUGACGGUUAGCGUUGAUACCGGAGGUGGUGGAAUCGCGACUACUUCUGCAACCACAUGGCCAUCCUGGCAGGAACCUACAACCUCGAGGAUGACCACAACUACAACUACUCGUAGAACUACCACAACCACGACUACAACUACAGAAAUGCCAACGACCACAACAACUAGACGCACUACAAGAAGUACGACAACCCGUAGACCAACUACAACCACCACAACAUAUGCUCCUCCACCAACUACUGUCGGUACGACCAUUCCUGCUCCUGGACUUGUUCAACCAGAACUAACGGAAGGAGAACCAUGCGAACCGAACCAAUACAAAGCCCAUCCAUACAGUUGUAAUUCUUAUUAUCGUUGCGUCUAUGGUGAGUUCAAACAACAGUUUUGUGCAGGUGGUCUCCAUUGGAAUGAAGUAGCAAAUCUGUGCGAUUGGCCUGCUUCUGCAAAAUGUGCCAAGGACACAGCUGGUCCACCUCCAGUUGCUGCCUUGCCUACAACCACUACUAUGGCACCAGCAACUACGACAAGAAGAAGAACUACAACCACGGCUUAUACCACCCAAUCUCCCUGGUGGUGGACUACGGCUUCACAUGUAGAAACCACUCCUCCUAAAGCCACGCGACCAUCCAAAAAGCCGGUGACCACAACCAAGAAACCUGUGCAACGACCAGUCGACAAGUGUAUCAAUGGAGAAUACUAUCCUCAUAAGAGCUGCGAUAGCUUCUAUAUCUGCGUUAAUGAGAAGAAGAUCGCUCAACAGUGCGGUCCCGGCCUAUUCUGGAAUGAGGAAGAGAAGAGUUGUGAUUGGGAGGAUAACGUAAAUUGUGUUAGCCGGGCGCAGUAUUACAAACUGUUAACCAAGAACUCAAAGCUAGCAGCUUUGAAAGUUUUAUCAGAAGAUGACCCUUGCGACGGCCACACCCAUGUCCCGUAUCCAGGAGAUUGUUCUCAGUACUUGAUUUGUAACUGGGGUCGUCUUGAAGCGGCCAGCUGUGCUGAUGGACUCCACUGGAAUCAAAUUCGAAUGAUCUGUGAUUGGCCGGCAAAUGCCAAAUGCACGCAGUUGGCGAGUACCGAAAACAGUUCUGAGGAGGGAAGUGAAUCGGUGGUAGAAGAAGGUCAGGACAUUGAUGGCCCGUAUAAUAAACCUUCUACCACGACUACAACAACUACUACAACGACAACGACGACUCCAGUGCCUAUCCUCGAACCAUUAUCCGGAUAUUACAAGAUGGUUUGCUAUUUCACAAACUGGGCCUGGUAUCGAAAAGGAUACGGAAAAUAUACACCUGAUCAUAUUAGAACCGAUCUAUGCACCCAUAUUGUUUAUGGAUUUGCUGUCCUGGACUACUCAUCGUUGACAAUUAAAACCCAUGAUUCAUGGGCUGAUAUAGAUAACAAUUUCUAUACACGUGUAGUCGAGGCCAAAAAUAAGGGAGUGAAGGUGACGUUGGCAAUCGGUGGAUGGAAUGAUUCGGCUGGUGAUAAGUAUAGCCGAUUGGUUCGAAGCGCUGCAGCUCGCGCCAAGUUUAUUGAACACGUAAUAGGUUUCCUUGAAAAGUAUGGCUUCGAUGGUUUGGAUCUGGAUUGGGAAUACCCCGUUUGCUGGCAGGUAGAUUGUAAGAAGGGUUUCGCCGAUGAGAAGGAAGGUUUCGCAAGUUUGGUACGGGAACUGUCAGCGGCAUUCAAGCCACGUGGUUGGUUACUGUCAGCAGCGGUGUCGCCUAGUAAGACGGUGAUCGACGCUGGGUAUGAUAUCCCCACUUUGUCUAGGUACUUCGAUUGGAUCGCUGUAAUGACGUAUGAUUUCCAUGGUCAAUGGGAUAAGAAAACUGGCCAUGUUGCUCCACUGUACUACCAUCCGGAGGAUGAGAUCGACUUCUUCAAUGCGAACUACUCAAUAAACUAUUGGAUUGAACUCGGAGCUCCAUCGAGAAAGCUAGUUAUGGGCAUGCCUUUAUAUGGCCAAUCGUUUACGCUCGCUGAUCAGAAAAAUAAUGGACUAAAUGCGAAGGCCCCUGGAGCUGGACAAGCUGGAGAGUUCACUCGAGCUGCCGGAUUCCUUGCCUAUUACGAGAUUUGUGAUCGUAUACAGAACAAGGGUUGGACAGUAGUUCAGGAUGAUUUGAAGCGUAUGGGCCCAUAUGCAUACAAAGGAAAUCAAUGGGUGUCAUUCGAUGACAAGGAGGCUCUACUACGUAAAGUUCAGUUUAUCCGAGCCAUGAACCUAGGAGGUGGUAUGAUUUGGGCUCUUGAUUUAGAUGAUUUUAAGAAUCGCUGUGGUCACGGACAUCACCCUCUGCUAACCGCCAUCCGAGAAGGACUGAAGGAUGCUCCCAAUGGAGUGGAGACUAUUCCUUCAACAGUUGCCGAGCCAAGCAAAGAAGAUGAAAAUCAUGAAACGAUCGGCACUAAUAGCGUUGAAACCCAUCCAGGGAAUUUAGAAGUGUCGGCUGAAGUCAUCAAUAAGGAAACAUCAAACCAAGACGAAAACGCCAUUGAAUCCGACGUUGACUACAAAGUCGUAUGCUAUUUCACCAACUGGGCUUGGUAUCGUCAGGGCAAUGGAAAAUAUCUACCGGAAGACAUCGAUGCUGAUUUAUGCACUCACAUAGUUUAUGGAUUCGCGGUAUUAGAUCGGGAUCGAUUGGUAAUCAAACCGCAUGAUUCGUGGGCAGAUAUAGAUAAUCGGUUUUAUGAGCGAGUUGUUGAAUACAAAAAGAAGGGGAAGAAAGUAACGGUUGCUAUCGGUGGAUGGAAUGACUCUGCUGGGGACAAAUACAGUAGACUGGUUCGAAGUGCUGCUGCUCGGCAAAAAUUCAUAGCGGAUGUAGUAGCCUUUAUCGAAAAGUACGGUUUCGAUGGACUGGAUCUGGACUGGGAAUACCCGGUAUGCUGGCAGGUUGACUGUAAAAAGGGUUUUUCGGAUGAGAAAGAAGGAUUUGCUAGCCUCGUCGUAGAGCUUUCUCAAGCAUUCAAACCUAAAGGGCUACUCUUGUCAUCCGCGGUGUCUCCGAGUAAGAAAGUUGUUGAUGAAGGUUACGAUGUAGUAACGCUUUCCGAUUACAUGGACUGGAUCGCUGUAAUGGCUUAUGAUUAUCAUGGUCAGUGGGAUAAAAAGACUGGACACGUGGCGCCAAUGUACGAACAUCCAGAUGAUUUCGAUAAGACCUUCAAUGCAAAUUUCACUAUUCACUACUGGAUAGAGAAGGGCGCUGAUCCACGAAAACUUGUUAUGGGAAUGCCAAUGUAUGGCCAAUCAUUUUCGUUGGCUGAUAAUAAAGAGCAUGGUUUAAAUGCAAAGACAUAUGGUGGAGGUGAAGCAGGAGAGUCAACUCGAGCCAGAGGGUUCCUUUCAUACUACGAGAUUUGUGCCAAUAUUCGAAACAAGAAGUGGACCGUGGCUCGAGAUAGGAAAGGACGAAUGGGUCCUUAUGCAUACAAAGGAGAUCAAUGGGUAUCCUUUGAUGACCAAUACAUGAUUAGGCAUAAAAGCGAAUACGUAAAAGCAAUGGGACUCGGUGGUGCAAUGAUCUGGGCUCUCGAUCUUGAUGAUUUCCGUAAUUUAUGCGACUGUGAAGAAUAUCCACUACUGAGGACUAUCAAUCGUGUACUGCGAAACUAUCCAGGACCCGGACCAAGAUGUGUACUAGAAAAGGAACCCCAACGUGAAGAACCACGACCAACUCGGCCUCCUACAAGUACUACUCCCGAAACAACUAGAAGACCAUCUACCACUACAUCGACAAGACGCACUACAAUGACAACUACUACCACCACCACUAGACGUCCGACAACUACGACAAGACGAAGAACAUCCGCUAGACCUACUUAUACCACCACAAACGUUCCAAGUUAUCAAGAAAUUGCUAAUGAAGUAGACGAACCAACCUGUACUGAUGGACGACUUUUUGUUCCCCAUCCAACUGAUUGCAACAAAUAUUACAUCUGUCAAUACGGCAAGCUGUAUGAACAAAAAUGCCCCGGUGGCCUCUACUGGAGUGUUGAUCACUGCGAUUGGCCUCAAAGCACCAACUGUCGCAAUAAGCAGACGGAUACUGUAACAACAACCAAAAAACCGUCGUAUCCUUCAACCCAACGGACAACAACCACUACUCGUCCACCGAAGCGAACUACCGUAAGAACUACCACAGCGUGGAAGCCGGAGUCAACCACAUCAUGGUGGUCACCCGAAUCGUCCAGCAUGGUUUGGUGGUCUCCGGAUACAACAAGCAAACGACCAACCAGACCUCCUUUGGAACAUACAGACGUCCAAACAACGGGUAAUAACGACUUCAAGGUCGUAUGCUACUUCACCAAUUGGGCGUGGUAUAGACAAGGUGAUGGAAAGUAUACUCCGGAUGACAUCGAUUCGAAUCUCUGUACGCACAUAGUUUAUGGCUUCGCAGUUCUCGAUCGUGAAUCAUUGACAAUUAAGACACAUGAUUCGUGGGCCGAUAUUGAUAACCAGUUCUAUGAACGAGUAGUAGAGCAUAAACGUAAGGGCACGAAGGUAACCUUAGCUCUGGGUGGAUGGAAUGAUUCACUUGGAGAUAAGUAUAGUAAACUUGUAAGAAGCUCUUCUGCGAGGCGCGCAUUUGUUAAGCAUGCCGUCGAGUUCAUAGAAAAAUACAACUUUGACGGUUUAGAUCUGGAUUGGGAAUAUCCUGUGUGUUGGCAGGUGGAUUGCAAGAAAGGUUUCCCCGAUGAAAAAGAAGGUUUUGCAGAGCUUGUUAAGGAGUUAGCUAUAGAAUUCCGUCCCAGAAAAUGGUUGUUAUCGGCAGCCGUGUCGCCUAGUAAAAUGGUUAUCGAUGCUGGAUACGACGUUCCAGUUUUAGCGGAAUAUUUCGACUGGAUUGCGGUCAUGACUUACGAUUUCCAUGGGCAUUGGGAUAAACAAACAGGACACGUUGCUCCGCUGUACUAUUAUCCUGGUGAUACAUACGAUUACUUCAAUGCUAACUUCUCCAUCAAUUAUUGGAUCGAAAAGGGAGCUCCAUCAAGAAAGCUAGUUAUGGGUAUGCCUUUGUACGGACAAUCAUUCUCACUGGCUGACAGUGGUAAAAAUGGAUUGAAUGAUAAGUCAUACGGACCGGGUGAAGCCGGUCAGUUUACUCGUGCUGGUGGAUUCCUGGCAUUCUAUGAAAUUUGCGAGAAAGUCAAUCAGAACGGUUGGGCCGUGUAUCGAGAUUCAGAGGGCCGUAUUGGACCAUAUGCGCUGCGAGGAAACCAAUGGGUAUCGUAUGAUGAUGUGGAUGAGAUUCGUAGGAAAUCACAGUUUGUUAAAAAGAUGAAUCUUGGGGGUGGCAUGAUUUGGGCCUUGGAUUUAGAUGAUUUCAGAGGUCGUUGCGGUUGCGGUAGGCAUCCAUUGCUUAAAACAAUGAACCAAGAACUAGGAAGGAUUACCACAAAACGACCAGAGAACUGCACCUAGAAUUUUGAGUUUAGUGUGGAGCAGUUACAAAAUUGUAUUUGAUUACUGCUAUAAGGAAAGAACUGAAAUAAAAAUUUAUGAUAAUAAAA